AUGGAGGCGCGAAACGAGGCACUGAAACGAGGGAUGGUGGCGUUACAGCGGGAUAUAGAGGCACAGAGCAACGCGCUGAAACAGGGGGUAACCGUGUUACAUCGGGAUGUGGAGGCGAACAUGCUGUCGUUUCAACGAGGGGCGGAGUUCUGGCGACGUGUAGUGCACCUGUACGGCAGUUACAAGCUUUGUCAGCUCCAGGUGGCAGUGAGUGGCCAAUCAGAGGAGGAGAUAUCUGCCACGUGGCAGAGGCAGCAUGAGAGGGGAGCCGAGAUGCUCUAUGCUCUCUGCACCGACAUGAAAGGAUUCUUCCUCAAGGCGGGUCAGUUUCUAGCCAAGCCAGACCUCUCCCCACCAGCGUGGGUGUGUCGCCUCUCUGCCCUCCACGACGCUGCUCCUGCCGACCCGCUCCCCCUCGUGCUCCAGACGAUUCAAGAGGAGCUGGGGGGGAUGGGAUGGAGGGAGGUGUGGGAGUGGGUGGAGGAGACACCACUUGGGUCUGCAUCGAUUGCUCAAGUGCACAGAGGGAGGCUGAGAGGAGGCAAGGAGGUUGCUAUCAAGGUGCAACACGCAGGAGCCGAGCCCCUCAUGCUCACAGACCUCGCCAACCUCAAGGCGUUUGCUGCGUUCUUGCAGAGCACAGAGCUGAACCUGGACAUCAUGGGCGCUCUCAACGAGCUGGAGAAGCAGAUCCGGUAUGAGUUUGACUUUCGCAGGGAGGCCGCAGCCAUGGAUACCAUCCGAGCCUCGCUGGCAGGGCUUGUGACCAAGCGGCUGCUAGUGAUGGACUUAAUCAACGGCUCUCCAAUUGUGAAGAUGGAGGAAGAGAUGCGAGCCAAGGGACUCAACCCCAACGGCUACCUUGCUACCAGAGCCAAGAGCAUGGAGGAAGAGAUGAGAGCCAAAGGAGCCAAACGGAGUCAGCCUGCGUCUGUCCCAGGGCUGGUGACCCAGCGGCUGCUAGUGAUGGAUCGGAUCAAGGGCUCUCCGCUUGUGAAGAUGGAGGAAGAGAUGAGAGCCAAAGGAGCCAAACGGAGUCAGCCUGCGUCUGUCCCAGGGCUGGUGACCCAGCGGCUGCUAGUGAUGGAUCGGAUCAAGGGCUCUCCGCUUGUGAAGAUGGAGGAAGAGAUGAGAGCCAAAGGAGCCAAACGGAGUCAGCCUGCGUCUGUCCCAGGGCUGCGCCUGCUCAUCAUGGAUCGGAUCAAGGGCUCUCCGAUUGUGAAGAUGGAGGAAGAGAUGCGAGCCAAGGGCGUCAACCCCAGCAGCUACCUUGCUACCCGGGCCAAGAGUGAUGGAUCGGAUCAAGGGCUCUCCGCUUGUGAUGGCAUGGAGGAGCACAUGAGAGCCAAGGGCGUCAACCCCAACAGCUUCCUUGCCACCAGAGCUAAGGGGGUGCGAGAAACUAGUUGUUCACCCCUUUACUGCUUCGGCGAUGCGCUAGUCCAGGGCCGGUUAGAGUUGAGCGCAAUUCUGAGCCCGCCCACUCACCCGCACACUGGCGCUGGUAAGUGUUGA